AUGAAAGAUGAAAUGCAUAGCUUGGUAUCUCUUUCUUUUCCAUGUUUUACAUGUGGGGAGGUAACUGAUGAGAUGAUACUGAGCUUUCCCAAUCUUCAAAAUUUGAGUUGCAUUGUUGUCAAACCGAUAAAUGCUUCCACGGAUUCCUCUCCAUUUUUUGCGUUCGAGUCACUGUGUAAGUUGGAGUCGCUGAAUAUAUCUUACUAUGGCAAGGUUCUAAAGGCUGGUGAAUUGAACUUCCCUUCCAGUAUAAAGAAGUUAACAUUGUCAAACUUCCAGCUGCCCUGGAGUCAUAUCUCAGUGAUUGGGAGAUUACCUAAUCUGGAGGUCCUCAAAUUAAAAUCGAAAACAUUUGAAGGGCCAAGUUGGACCACGGAAGAAGAGCACUUUCUGAACCUUAAGUGCUUGAAAUUGGACACACUAAACAUUGUCCAUUGGAAUGCCUCUGGUGAUCAUUUUUCCCGGCUUCAGCAGCUCAUUGUGCGAAAAUGCGAGCAGCUUGAGGAGAUCCCUCUUGACAUUGCCAGUAUCUCAACAUUACAGAUAAUUGAAGUUCAUCAAUGCAGAAAAUCUGUCGAAGACUCAGUAAGGAGGAUUGAGGAGGAAGACAUUGAGGGGCUCAAGAUUUUUAUCAAAAGCUCACAUUCAGUCGUAUAA